AAACAAUUCCAGUGCUCCCAGCAGCCUUAGCACAAGAAACGAACAUGGUCUAGACUGAAGUACCAACGAAAUCCUUUCCUUUCAAAUUAUCAACGACACCACCAUGGAUUCAAGCACUGCACACAGUCCAGUGUUUCUGGUAUUCCCUCCAGAAAUCAGUGCUCCAGAAGAUGAGUCAACAGACUUUUCAGCCACAACCUUUUCAACUCAAAGCCCCUUGCAAAAAUUAUUUGCUACAAAAAUGAAAGUCUUAGGGACUAUCCAGAUCCUAUUUGGAAUUAUGACCUUUUCUUUUGGAGCUAUCUUCCUUUUCACCUUGGUAAAACCAUAUCCAAGGUUUCCCUUUAUAUUUCUUUCGGGAUAUCCAUUCUGGGGCUCUGUUUUGUUCAUUAAUUCUGGAGCCUUCCUAAUUGCACUGAAAAGAAAAACCACAGAAACUCUGAUAACACUGAGCCGAAUCAUGAAUUUUCUUAGUGCCCUGGGAGCAACAGCUGGAAUCAUUCUCCUCACAUUUGGUUUCAUCCUAGAUCAAAACUACAUUUGUGGCUAUUCUCACCAAAAUAGUCAGUGUAAAGCUGUUACUGUCCUAUUCAUGGGAAUUUUGAUUACAUUGAUGACUUUCAGCAUUAUUGAAUUAUUCAUUUCUCUGCCUUUCUCAAUUUUGGGGUGCCACUCAGAGGAUUGUGAUUGUGAUCAAUGUUGUUGACUAGCACUAUGGGAAUAAAGAUGUGUCGUAAUAU